AUGGAAGAAAGCACACAGAGUUUGGCUAUUAAAUUGUUCAGGAGACUGGAGAGGACAAGCAAGUUUCUUCUCAUUCUGGAUGAUGUUUGGAAGGGAAUUGAUUUGGACGCUUUUGGUGUCCCAAGGCCUGAAGUUCAUAUGGGUUGUAAGAUCAUAAUAACAACUCGGUUUUUAGAUGUUUGCAGGCAGAUGAAGAUAGGUAAAAGAGUAAAAGUGCAGAUCUUGAAUUAUGAUGAGGCCUGGGAAUUGUUUUGUCAAAAUGCAAGCGAGGUAGCCACCUUAAAGCCUAUAAAACCAUUAGCGGAGACCGUUACCAAAAAAUGUGGCGGAUUGCCCUUGGCCAUAAUCAUCAUGGCCACAUCUAUGAGGGGGAAGAAGAAGGCUGAGCUUUGGAAGGAUGCUUUGAAUGAGCUACAAAAUUCACAGCCAGAUAAUAUCCCGGGGAUCGAGGAUUAG